CACUGUGAAGCACGCGUCAACCAGGAAGUAUAGCUGUGAUGUAGUCCAAAACAUUAGGGCAUAUGGAAUGAAGUGAAAUCUUAAUGUUACAAUUUACCGCAGUUGUAACAUUUAAAGUGACCUUUCUAAGGAUGGAACAUUUAAAAUACCAAGUAUUUAUAUACCUAACACUAUUGCUUUUGUAUCCAUCGUCAUAUUUGUCAGAGCAAGUUUUGAGCCAAAAUUCUGGUUUACAUUCAAGGGAUGACGACGGAGGGAAUGGGGGACAAGAACUUACUAAUAUCGGCGAAGCUAAACAAAUACCACAAAAAGACGACAAAGAACCUUCUUCCAACCAGCGCUUUGUUGAUGGACAGCCAGAGUCAACUAGCAGGCUUAAUGGUACAGAAAGUCCCAGCAAUGAGUCUCUCCACACCACAGCUGUUGCCAAGGCAACUACCCCUGCACCACCCAAGCCCAUCCUGCCAGUGCAGACAGGGGUCAAAGCUCAGGAGGAGGAGCAGUCCAGUGGGAUGACCAUCUUCUUCAGCCUACUGGUCAUUGGUAUUUGCAUCAUAUUGGUGCACCUGCUUAUAAAGUUUAAGCUGCAUUUCCUGCCAGAGAGUGUUGCAGUUGUCUCUUUGGGUAUUAUAAUGGGUGCUUUCAUAAAGAUCAUAGAGUUCCAGGAACUGGCCAAUUGGAAGGAAGAGGAAAUGUUUCGGCCCAACAUGUUCUUCCUCCUUCUGCUUCCGCCCAUCAUCUUUGAGUCUGGGUAUUCCCUGCACAAGGGUAACUUUUUCCAAAAUAUAGGAUCCAUCACCCUUUUUGCUGUGAUUGGUACAGCCAUCUCUGCUUUCAUUGUUGGAGGAGGCAUCUAUUUCCUUGGACAGGCAGAUGUCAUUUACAAGAUGUCUAUGACCGACAGUUUUGCCUUUGGCUCCCUCAUCUCAGCUGUUGACCCUGUCGCCACCAUCGCCAUCUUCAACGCACUCAACAUCGAUCCCGUUCUUAACAUGCUGGUGUUCGGGGAGAGCAUUCUCAACGACGCCGUUUCCAUCGUGCUCACUAACACGGCGGAGGGCUUCGCGCACGCAGGGAACUCCACGGUAACGGGCUGGGAGACCUUUCUGCAGGCCCUUGGGUACUUCCUGAAGAUGUUCUUCGGCUCUGCCGCACUGGGCACGCUCACUGGCCUCAUCUCUGCCAUUAGCCUCAAACACUUUGACCUGAGGAAGACGCCUUCCCUGGAAUUCGGGAUGAUGAUAAUAUUUGCCUACCUCCCGUACGGUCUGGCUGAGGGCAUCAAAUUAUCUGGCAUCAUGGCCAUCCUGUUUUCUGGGAUCGUGAUGUCACACUACACCCACCACAACCUGUCCCCAGUCACUCAGAUCCUCAUGCAGCAGACCUUGCGCACCGUGGCCUUCAUGUGCGAGACCUGCGUGUUCGCCUUCCUGGGCCUGUCCAUCUUCAGCUUCCCCCAUAAGUUUGAGCUGUCCUUUGUCAUCUGGUGCAUAGUCCUCGUGCUGGUGGGUCGGGCAGUCAACAUUUUCCCCCUCUCCUUCCUGCUCAACUUCUUCCGUGAUCACAAGAUCACACCCAAGAUGAUGUUCAUUAUGUGGUUCAGUGGUCUCCGAGGAGCCAUCCCUUAUGCCCUGAGCCUGCAUCUGGGCCUAGAGCCUGUGGAGAAGCGGCAGCUAAUCGGCACGACCACCAUCGUCAUCGUCCUCUUCACUAUCCUGCUGAUGGGCGGGGGCACCAUGCCCCUGAUCCGCCUGAUGGACAUCGCAGAGAGCCAAUCGCGUCGCAGAAACAAGAAGGACAUUAACCUCAGCAAGACUGAGAAAAUGGGCAACACCAUUGAGUCUGAGCACCUGUCUGAGCUGACGGAAGAGGAGUACGAGGCGCAGAUCUACCAGCGUCAGGACCUGAAGGGCUUCAUGUGGCUGGACGCCAAGUACCUCAACCCUUUCUUCACCCGGCGACUCACUCAGGAGGACCUGCUGCACGGCCGUAUCCAGAUGAAGACGCUGACCAAUAAGUGGUAUGAGGAGGUGCGGCAGGGCCCCUCUGGCUCUGAGGACGAUGCUGAGGAGGAAGAGGCAGAGCUGCUCUGAGCUGCUCUGAGCGGGGGAAACCACAGGGGACUGUACCACUUUCACAGAUAAACCCUGCCCCCCUCCACUGGAACAAACCAUCGAAUGUGAACCAAAAUGACGAAUGUUGAAAAGGAAGGAACUUUUAGAAAGUCACACUGUGAAGACCUGACACAACUGAAAAAGGGCAAAAUGAAAACUGAUCGACAGAAAUAAGGGAAGGGAAUUCUCUCAGUGAGAAUCUUUGACCAAAAAUAGCAAUAUCAUUGCAACUUCUUGCAUUUGUCAUAUUUUUAUGAGCUUACUUCUGCGUCGGUCUGACACUAAGUACCAAUGAAUGUUCUGGUGACGCGCAUUGAAUCUGGCCUGUGAAUUUUUGUAUUUAUCUUUUUUUUUAUUAUUUGUAUUUAUGUUAAUUUAUGUUUAUUUUGAUGGCAGGGUAGCUUUUAUUACAUUGUCAUAUUUCCAAGUGCUACACACUUCUAAAAACGGCAAACCACAAGAUGGAGGGAGGUCUUUUUCCAUUCUGUCUGGGGAAUUCUACUGGAAGGAAUGGCAUAUUCUUGAAUCAAAUGCUGUUCAAAUGACAGUUUAGAAGAAGAGCGGGUGGGCCCUUGUGAUUCAUUUCAAAGCCAUAUUUGUUUCUGUAUAAUUUUGCUGUAUAGAAUAACCUAGAUUCAGCUGUUGGGAUUGAUCACAGAGCAUCCUUCUGAUGUAAUUUCUAUUAAUUUUCUUGUGUUUGACCACAAUUUGAUGAAUGUCAGUUUCUUUGUUUAACAGUGACAAUUUUCUCAUGAUUAUUUAAUUAUUGCACAUAACAAUCCUUCUCAUGUGUUCAUGAUUUUUAGUCUGCAUUAUCUUAUUUCUUUAAAGUGUCUUGUUUUCUUCACCACUAGAGCUCACACUUACCAUUUCACCAGGCAUUGGGACACGCCACAUUUGAAAUGCAUUUAAUCCUGACUCCAAUUUGCAUAAUGCAGGCAACAAUGUUUCAUUAAAUUAAUUUUCUUAUAUGAUAUGCAAAUAUACUCUUUUGAUACAUGUGUAAUACUGUUUACCAAAAGUGAUAAAUUGGUAAAUCUUGCUGAUGGA